AUGGCGGAAGUGGGCGGAGUGUGUGCGGUGGUGGAGGACUCGAGCGGGGGCGACAUCGUGCUGGCCUUCGUCUACACCUCGGCGGCCGGACUAUCGACCGUGCUCGGCGGAAUGAUCCCGUUCUUCUUCAACGUCAACGAGAAGCGAUGGCUGGGCGCCGGCCUGGGCUUCGCCGCCGGCGUCAUGGUCUACCUAAGCUUCGUCGAGAUCCUCACCAAAUCGCACGCCUACUUCGUGUGCGUAGCCGGCGACGACGGCGCCACCUGGCGCACUUCCCUCUGUUUCUUCUCCGGCAAGACGCUGAAGGACAAGGACAUCCGGACGUACGGGAGCAUCGUGAUUGAUGACGACAGCCAGGAGCACGACGUCUUCGAGGAGAACAGCUUCGUCGACGAGGUGGAACGCGAGGACGCCCGACGGCUCUCGAACAUGGGCCUGAUCACCGCGCUCGCUAUUUGCGUCCACAAUUUUCCCGAGGGCAUGAUGACGUUCGUGUCGACCCUCUCGAAUCCUUCCUUCGGUACGCCCGGCUCGACGCUGAGCGGGCUGGUCGUCACUCUGGCGAUCGCCAUUCACAACAUUCCAGAGGGCAUCUGCGUAGCCAUGCCCAUCUACUAUGCCACCCGUAGCAAGUGGCAAGGCGUGCUUUACUGCCUCAUCGCGGGCAUCUCAAUGCCAAUUGGCGCAUUUAUCGCCUGGGGCGCCGUUGGCGGCACCCUAAGCCCGAUCGUUUAUGCGAUCCUCUUCGGCUUGAUUGCGGGCAUCAUGGUCUUCAUCUCCGUGCGAGAGCUCAUCCCAACAGCACACCGCUACGACAAGAGCGACGGGAUGGCCACCUACGCAAUGCUCUUCGGCAUGGCUCUCAUGGCCUUCUCUCUCUUCGCUCUCGGCGAGUGA